CCUUGAAAGAACAUAUUUGACUGGACGCAGUCAGACAGAGCUUGCACUCCAGCUUCAGUUAGGCACAGGCGCCCGAGCUCCUCUCACUCUCUCCCCUGGUUUUCAUUUGGACGUUUUGUGAAGCCCAAACAGCAAAUAAGCAGCCAUGGAUGCCAUCAAGAAGAAGAUGCAGAUGCUCAAGCUCGACAAGGAGAAUGCCUUGGACAGAGCUGAGCAGGCCGAGUCAGACAAGAAAGCAUCAGAGGACAGAAGCAAACAGUUAGAGGACGAAAUAAGAGAGUUGGAAAAGAAAAUGCGCGUUACUGAAGACGAAAGAGAUAAAGUGUUUGAGGAGUUCCAAACUGCUGAGGAAAAGCUGCUGACCGCGGAGGAGGUCGCCACCAAGCUUGAGGAUGAUUUGGUAGGUCUGCAGAAGAAGCUGAAGGGAACAGAAGAUGAGUUGGACAAGUACUCAGAGGCUCUUAAAGACGCUCAGGAGAAACUUGAGCUUGCUGAGAAGAAAGCCGCUGAUGCUGAAGGAGAUGUCGCUUCUCUUAACAGACGUAUCCAGCUGGUUGAGGAGGAGUUGGAUCGUGCUCAGGAGCGUCUGGCCACAGCCCUGACCAAGCUGGAGGAGGCUGAGAAGGCUGCUGAUGAGAGCGAGAGAGGCAUGAAGGUCAUUGAGAACAGGGCCAUGAAGGAUGAGGAGAAGAUGGAGAUCCAGGAGAUCCAGUUGAAAGAGGCCAAACACAUUGCUGAGGAGGCUGAUCGCAAAUUUGAGGAGGUCGCCCGUAAACUGGUCAUCAUUGAGGGUGACUUGGAGCGCACAGAAGAGCGUGCUGAGCUUUCAGAAAGCAAAUGCGCUGAGCUUGAGGAAGAGUUGAAAACGGUGACCAACAACCUGAAGUCAUUGGAGGCUCAGGCUGAGAAGUACUCACAGAAGGAGGACAAAUACGAGGAGGAGAUCAAGGUCCUCACAGACAAACUGAAGGAGGCUGAGACUCGUGCUGAGUUCGCUGAGAGAUCAGUAGCCAAGCUUGAGAAGACCAUUGAUGACUUGGAAGAAAAACUGUCUCAUGCUAAAGAAGAGAAUCUCGAUAUGCACCAGAUGUUGGACCAGACUCUAAUGGAGCUAAAUAACCUGUGAAUGCACGAUCUGACCCCACUCACACUGUGGUUUUGGCUUAUUGUACUUGCACCUUGCUUACCCAUAAACAUCUCUCUACCUGGACCCUGGCUGUAGUGGACAACAAACAGCCAUUUGCUUAUUUUAUUGCACCUUCCUGCCUUCAGAGGAACCCAAACAUGGAGCUAAGCUUAUCCAGUUUCCAUCUUGUGGUGUGUGGGUUUUGCACAUCCUUGAUGUAAGUCAUUUGUUGACGUUAUCUGCCACUGGCUACAAAUGUUUCAUACAUCUGACUUGGAACUGAUUUGGUACGUUGCUUUCCAACUUGAUUGUACUCAUGCUAAAUGACAAUGUGGAGACCUUUUUGCACUUAAAGGGACAUAAAUUCAUAAAUGUUAAAAUGAUGCCCCCAAAUUCUGCUUUCCAACACUGUGAUAUUGUUUUUUGUUUGUCCCUCUCACGUGCGCGUUAUGCCUUGGUCUUGAAAAGUGCAGUUUGGAGGCACUGUUUUAAUAUUUGACCAGCUGUGGAGGAGCUUUUCUUUUUAGAACCUCCAUUAUGAAUACUUUUUUUUUCUUCUACUGUAAAACCAUGGUUACAAAAAGGUAUGUGUCACCCUCAACAGUUUAAAUAUACAAUGACAUUACCAGUCAUUGUGUAUAUUGGUGCUACUAUAUUGUUAAUCAGUGACGGAAAUCCUGAUGGAUUAAAUUGUGCUGUUUCUUUGAUUUAAAACCUUAAUUGUUUUCAUUUUGUUCAUUUUUUUCCCCUCAGCAACUUGGUUGUCUAUUUUAAUAUAGGUGUUUAAAGUGUUUAUCUAAAAUGUGGAAUUAUGAAUAUAAAUAAAAGCACGUUUUGAAAGAUUU